AUGAAUCAGAGCCAGCUGGGGAGAGGCAGCAUUCCAGGAAAAGAGGGUCCGGGCCUGGGAUGGGGUGUGGGAGGUGCAGGACUACAAGUGAGGGUUCCUGAUGAAUUGCUCCUGGGACUGAAGUUCAUAUUUGGCCCCUGUGCUCUCCCAGCUUUGGAUUUGGUGGAUCAACGUUCUGUCACCCGAGUUGUGUCCCCUAGUGGAAGGACUGCAUACCAGGUCCUCGGGAGUUCAGGCAAACUCUACACCUGCUAUAGCUCCUGCCACUUCUGCACGUGUCCUGCUUUUGAUUUCACUGUACUGCAGAAGAACGAGAGCCUGCUGUGCAAACAUAUACUGGCCGUCUACCUCAGCCAGGCCAUGGGAGCAUGCCAGGAGGUAACUGUCUCCGAGGAGCAGCUUACAAACAUCUUACUGGCUGAGGAUGAGGAAGAAGGAUGAAGGAUUUGGAUCAGAUGCAGGUGUGCCUUUUUUCUACUCUUCCAUUUGCUCUGAGAGGUGUAAUUGGCAUUCUUACUGUCUACAAAGCUGUCAAAUGUUCAUUUUGGCUAGUAGAUUUCUUUCUGUGCUGCACCCAGCAUGACAUUAAAUGGCAUCCUUGCACUGAUGGACCAAAUAA